AUGAACUAUGAGAAUUUUCAAAGAGAUAUUGGAAAAUAUAAAUGAAGAGUAAAAUGAGAAGGAAUUUUAAUGCUGAUUAUUUAUUUGCUUUUCGGAAUAUUUAUUUUGAUCAUUGAUGGAAUAGGAGGAUUAGUUAGUUUUAUGAUCUUGUUUUUCUUUUAUCCUUUAUUUGGGAUUUCAGGUAUAAAGGCAUCAACAGAGAGCAAUAUAUCUAAAUCGAAAUGCUUUAAAUCAGCGUUAAAAAUUACAAAUAUUAUAAGUGGGAUUUCAAGCAUUAUAACAUCGAUGGGAACUUUGUGUAUUUUCAUUGAUUUUCGGAGUUUUAAAGCUUUUUAUUCUUGUGGAAUUUAUAUAGGGAAAAGCAGUAUGCCCCAAGCCUCCCUUUAGCUUGGGCUAUCCUGAUGUCUCAAGCUUUAGAAAAUUUUGGGCACACAACAGCAGACAGAAAACACACUAUUGUUUGCAUGCAUAUACACAGAUUUCAUACCAACUGCACGAGUGAAAAAAAAACUGAUAAAAACUUCGAAAAACGCACACACAGACACACCACUUACACUACUACCCAAUUACAAAAUCAUUGUUUGUUUUUUCACUAUCUUAAACCGAUUUCACACUGAUUUAAAAAGACGCCAUUGCCACUGUGCCUUACGUCAAUAGAGGUUCCAAUUGAACUGAAUAGUUUAGCAAUCUAUAGUAUUUUCCAUUAGUUUAAAUUUCUCUAUCUUAUAUAUAAUCCUGCUUCAUUUUUUCAACUAGUGUCUCAUACAUCCUCAUUAGGCUCAAGAAGCAAGGUUUCAGUUCUAAUACAGCCGAUUUAUGCACUUCUUUAUUAUUGUUAUAAUUAAAAAAGUAAUCAAUUGCGAGCUAAAGAUUGAAAUACUUCUAUAGAAAAUUUAUACUCUUAAAAUUUAUCUUUUGAAAUGCAAGCUGUUUAAAAUUAAACAGACCUAGCAAGAGAUUUCACUAUAGCAAUUAUCACUCAUAAAUCAAUUUUUAUUCAUUUUAAAAUUAAAAUUUGAUCUAUAGAAAUUGCCCGAGGAUGGCGCUAUUUUGCGCCAUCCUCGGGCAAUUCAAAAAAUGGCCUCACAUGGGAAUUGAACCACGUGUGGGGCCAUUUUUGGUACGUGGAAGUCAAUAUUCUCCACAUACCAAAAAUGGCCCCCACGUGGGUUCAAUUCCCGUGUGGGGCCUUUUUUUGAAUUGCCUAAGGAUGGCGCAAAAUAGCGCCAUCCUCUGGCAAUUUCUAUAUCUAUAAAUUAGAAGUAUCCUCUCCUAUAUUUGAUUGAGCUGCAUUAUCAGGAAUUCCUACUUCUAUUUCAUUCAUAUGUUUUUCUUUUCCCCUUAGGUUUUGAAUUUAAGAGAAUUGAUAGUGAUAUUAUUUAAUGAUAAAUAAUAAAGAAUUGAUUCCUUUAGACUUAUAUUCUCAUUUACAUUAUUAAUUGGCAGCAAUUUAAUUGGUACAAAUGCAUUCUUUCAAGCUUGCACAAAGUAAAUAAAAAGGAUUUAAUAUGUUUUAUUUUUUUUUCCACGGUCUGAGCCUAUAUAAUUUAGGCUUUCUUUAUUGGCUUUGCUAAAUUUUAAUGCCUUCUCAUAUAUUUAAAUUAUUAAUAAUAUUUAAUAUUUUUGGGACCGGAGAAAAAAUGUGAAAUGGAGUUCUUUAUGUAAACCGAGUGUGCUUGCUAGCCCCUAUGAGCGAACAAAAUAUCCUAUUUUUAGAGUAAAAACCCACCCUUCGUGAGGGAACAAAAAAUUGUUUAUGAAAAAAUAUUUUUAUAUAAGUGAUAAUUAUAAUAAUGAAAUCUCUAGCUAACUCUGUUUAAUUUUAAAUGGAUUGCAUUUUAAAAACAUAAAUUUUUUUUAAUUAAUUUUAUAUUGCUUUCCAAUUUUUGCGAAAAGGAUAUUUUUUUAAAAUUUCUAAAAAUAUAUAACACGCACCGUGAGCGAACAAAGUUUUUUAUUUGCUCACAGAGGUGGGCUAGUUAAUAUUUUUAAAUCAAUGUGAAGCUGAUGUAAGAUUGUAUGAAAGCAAUGCAUUGGUGAUUGGGUAUUAAUGUAUGUGGUAUGCUUUUGUGAAGUUUUUAUCAGUGUAUUUUUUUGCUCCUCACUCAGACAUUGUGAAAAUGCAUGUGAGCAGUAGUAUAUUUUCUGUCUAUCCUAUAGUGUGCCCAAAUUAUCUAACAUAAUUCCUAUUCUUACUGUAGUUUAUCGCACGGGGAGUUGGUUUACCUACAAAUUUUGGUAAAGCCAACUUCCCCGAUUGGUGUCAAAAGACAUCGUGAUAGCACGAGCAAAAAGGAUGCUCAGACUAUAUUUCUAUCUGUUUAAUUGAAUUUAUAUGGCUUUCAUCAAUAAUUACUUUUGCAUUGUCCUAUGUGUCAUAUCGAGAUCUAUGCAUUUUGUUUAGAUUAGUUACUCAACACCAGGAAAAUAGAUACAGGCCCCUUCUUCACCAGCCAGCUGCUUUUCCACAAUAUGUUCCUAUGCAAGUAAUUGCUUAA